CCAAGAAAAUAAACAUUUGACACGUAAAUGCCUGUUUUUGUGCUAAUAUGUGUAGUAAUCAACCGUGUCAGUAUGGAUUUAAAGCUGCAAUGAGUGUACCACCACCGGCAGAAGAUGAAGUUGUGCUUUUUGGCGAUGGAAUCGUCUGCAAAGAACGAUAUGGAUCGCAGGAAAUCAAAAAUACUUAUUUGAAGCAAAGAGACAACACUGUAAAAGUUGUGGAUGAUUCUCACAACUACACAUCCAUCACAGGAUUUUUGCGGGCUGCAUUUCUCCCAAUUGGUUAUCCUGAGUCAGUCAGUGAUGAUUACAUUCAGUAUCAGAUUUGGGACACAGUACAGGCAUUUUCUGGCUACACAAUCAGUACCUUGGCAACACAAGCUGUAUUGAAAGGUUAUGGUGUUGGGGACAAAACUGCAACAGCUGCUGGGGCCACUAUCACUUGGAUAUUGAAGAACAUCACUGGAUAUCUUGGCAAGAUCAUCUUUACUUGGUACCAAGGGACUGGUUUUGAUAGUGACUGUAAGAGAUGGAGACUGGUUGCAGACGUCCUGAAUGACAUGGCCAUUCUGUUAGAGAUCCUUGCUCCUCUUAACAAGAGAUAUUUCACAGCUAUCCUUUGCGGUGCUGAGCUUACCAGGAAUGUUUGUGGAGCUGCUGGUUGUGCCACUCGAGCAGCUAUGACUUUACAUCAGGCAAGACGAAACAACUUGGCUGAUGUAUCCGCCAAAGACGGAAGUCAGGAAACUUGUGUCCAUUUGUUUGCUCUGCUGUUUGGCCUGAUACUUAUUCCUUUGGUUGCCGGAAGUCAAACAAUGGUUUGGACUUUGUUUCUCCUGUUCACAUCUCUCCAUCUGUUUGCCAAUUUCAAAGCAGUCCGUGCAAUAAUGAUGGAAUCAAUGAACCAAGCCAGACUCCAUAUUCUAGUGGAGAGUUUCCUUGCCUUUGAUGGCUACAUAAUGUCUGUGAGAGAUGCGAAUGUCAAAGAGCCUGUUCUUUGGAGAGCAAGAAGAAAAAUGAAAAUAAUAUUGGGAACGCAGUUUCGUUAUUUCUUGAAAAGGGUAGAGGAACUAUAUUUCUAUGAAUCACUGUACAAGAGUAAUCGAUAUAUUCUCCAUAUUGAUCUUAAAAGAUAUAAAAUGUAUAUCGUCCUUCACAAGUCAGCUGAACUUCUGGACCAAAUGAAGGCAGUCUUUCAAGCAAUAACGAUAAACUUUGCUGUGGAAGUUUGGGCAAAGAAACGAUCUGGAAUGGUGCUGUAUCAGGAUGAACAUCUUGAGAAAAUGAUAAAAGCUGCUGGUUUAGGUGAUACAACGACACUGCUGGAAAAUUCAGUCUUCUUCACUGAAAAGACGUUUCCGAAGUUCAUCGAUAGCAUUGUGCAAGAGGGUUGGUCAACAUCUGUCAAUCUGAUGGGGGCAGACGAGUGGAGGGCUGUCUGGGAAAUGAAGGAUAUGCAGUCCUUGUAUUAGAAAAAUUUUAUUUAUUGGGUUAAGUAGAGAUAUAUCAGAUUUUAUCUGUAGACUGUUUAUUUUAUUGUUAGAAGGGGAAACAAUGUUAUAUCAGCCCUGCAUGAGUGACUGCGGACAAGAAGUUUCGAGUACUUAGCACCUGACAUUUUGUUAAACAGUAUAGGGUGUAUAUUAUAUCCCUUCUCGGAUGGUGUGAAAUUUGAAAGUGGCCUUAACUUGAAUGUUGUUAGUUUUACGUAAGUUUCCCUUUUCAAGCCUCGUCUCUUUAUAAGAUUGAAGAAACAUAACAUGGAGCAGUGUUUGAUAGCCGUGAGACGUAACUGUAACAGUAGCUUUGGGUCCAAUUGGUGGUCUGAGGGUGACUAAUGUGCACUGUAGAGGAACUGGGGCUGGUUUUACCUGGUGGAGGAUUGACCUGAAUAGACCCGAUCUUUUUUGAGAAAAUAGACAUCUCUUGGUCACUUGUGACACAUAAUAGAGCCACCUGGCUCCUGGCUAUCCUUCAAAAAGUAUUCGAUUUCAACGAUAAUUAAUUUUCAUGAGUAGAUCCAUGAGUGGGGAUAUCAUUGUCCUGCUUGUACCUUCCCACCAGAGUUCUGCCAUGAGAAAAUUUACCCAUUUAUACAGUUAUUAGCUCUUUAUUUGUGAACAGCUUCACAACAUGUGAAACAUGAAUUCCUAUGUAUCAUGCACUUCCUUGCACAUGGGAACCUUGACACAUGAAGGAAGACAUGUGACAACUGAACCUCAGUGUAAACUGCAUCAUGGUGAGACAACAUUACGUGUAUAUUUGUAGCUGUGUUGUCAGUGAUGACUUCUAAGUCAUGUUUGCCUUUAAUUUUGAAUAGCAAAGAUUGAACCGUUGGCUUUUCGUUAAAUCAAUCCGUUGGUGGUAUUUUUGCAAAGUGUGUUUUGUUAAUAGGUAUAAACUUUGGUCAAUGUGGAUGCUUUGUUUGGUUUUGAAUCAGUGAGGAGAUGAGAGCAUUCUCUUUGCUCAAUUCGUUUGUUUGCUUGUUGCUGUCCAAGCUGGUGUAAAUUUGUUGAUGAAAAUGGUAGUCACAGUGAUAUACAUGGACAUGGUGUUACAUGAAUCACAAUGAUGUACUUCUUAAUAAUUUGUUUUGUGGGUUGCGUACAUUGUUUUGUAGAAUAAUCUUGAUAUACUUAAAAUUUACUUUGUUAUGUUUAAAUCAUGUAUACAAUAAUUACUUGUAGUUUAAAAUUAUGCAAAUCUAUUUGAGUUCUUCAUUGCCAUAUGUUUGAUUUCUAAAAGAUACUGUUCUGUUUAAGCGCAGAAAGAGGUCGGGGUGUGAUGCAUCUGAGGAAAAAUCAUUAAAAUUGAGAGAAAAAAUCCUUCAGGAUUUCGAAAUUGAUCACAAGUGGUCCUUGCUUAUUUGAAAUAUUACCCCUCUCUGGAAAAACUGGCUAUUCUAAAAACGUCACUCGUUAAAGUGACAAUUCGUAUCUUGGGGUACGAGUUUUAAAAAAGGCAUUGGCUCCAUCAUAUACAAACUAAAAGCAUUCCUGAUCAUGUACAAGUCUUGUUCUUAUAUUCACGACAAGUACAUGUAGCAGGUUUUUGGUGUCACUCAUGUACAUGUACUUCACCACAGGGAUCAAAUUCAAAGUACCAUAGGCCUAUAGCCUAUUGUUUUUUGUCAGAGGUGUGCUUUGAAAGUUAGUGUUGUUUACCAGUCUGUAAGUUGACUAUCGUUUUGUUUUCAGCUAGAAGUACAAAGUAUACACAGCUUUAUGUUUAUAUCAUUUCUUGUUUAAUAGAUGUCUUGAAAUUUGAAUUGUUGGAUAAUAAAAUAUUUUUCU